AUGGCUCUUACCGCCCACACUACACCCUCAGGAUUUCUGUUGCCAUCGAUCCACGCAGCACCUCCCUUUUUCACUGAGCAACCAAACCCAAACACCCAAGCUCACCUCACCGAGCAAUGGAUCCGCCUCAUCUUGACAUAUGCACGGCAUAGACAACUGUUUGCUCUUCGGGUCGAGGACGCGGAGGUUCCUGGUGGCGGUUGGGAUGAGAUUCUCCGCAAUGAGAGGAUAAACCACUCGGCAGUUUUACUUUAUUGGCGUCUUCCAGAAGAAUGGGCUGAUGUCCUACAUUCAUGGGCAACAGCAACUGGUCAGCUCAACACGAUCCUCACGUUUUAUGAGAUUUCAGACCCUCCCGUUCCGUCACCUCUCUCUGGCAUUCCUAUACCAUUAUUGCGGCGGGCUAUCACCGUCCUUACACAGUCUAACCAGGCGCAGAUCAUCGGCGUUGCUGAUGGUGAAGGUGUGAGAUUUUUUGCUGCUACGAAGUAG